CUCGAAUAAGAUGGAGAAAAACGCAUUGUGGUUAUUAGUUUAUUGCGUUGGACAUGCUUGUCAUCAUUAGCAUAAGUUGCUUUCUGAGUGGCCUUAAAGGAAAAUCUCUUAAGCGAUAAGCUGUAAGGCAUGCGUAAUUGUGGUAAUCACGGAUGCUUUACACUGCAGCUGCAUGCCACACUCCGCAUCUCAUUCAACAACAGCAGCAUGUUGCGUAACGCGAAGGACGCAAACUCGCACAAUCAGGCCCUCAUAUUAGCCUACUUUCUAGAUUGCUCCGGAUCAUUGCGUUUUGAAAUAGCAUCGCAUUCGUGCCCAUUUUAUUUGCGCCGUUAUCAGCAAAAAAAAGUGCUAAAUUUGAUCGUGCCAAAGCGGAUGAUCCCCCCAUGGGCAUCUUCCGAAAAUAAUAGUCAUCAGGUUUUUGCCUGCGAAUAGAGUACGCAGCUGCGCUGGUUGUUUAUAUUUUUGGUCAUUGAUAAGGAUGCCGCGAUAGUCAAUGGGCCGCGCAAAUCGAACUUACCUAUCACGCGACGAGCAAGCAGUCGAUCAGUGACGCUUCGAUCGUCGAUCAUUGCGUAGAAAAGAAGAACCAUGCUCAUCACAGUGGGAUUGGCAUUGACGGCUUUCGCCGUUCUGUAUCUGUACCUAACGUGGCACUUUGACUUCUGGAGAAAGCAAAAUGUUCCGGGACCGGAUCCGCUGCCACUGGUUGGGAACUUCCCGGCGUUCUUCCGGAGGAACCGACCGGUGAUGGAAGAGAAGUAUCAGAUUUACAAGGACUACAGCCCCAAGUACAACUUUGUGGGAAUCUUCACCAACCGAUUGCCGCAGAUCUUCGUUACAUCGCCGGCCUUGGCGAGAGAUAUCUUGGUGAAGUAUUUCAAGAACUUCCAUGACAAUGAAAUUGGGCUGAUUACCAAUAAAGAACUGGAUCCACUGUUCGGGAGGAACCCGUUCGUAAUGCGAGGAGCUGCGUGGAAAGCGAAACGAGCGGAGAUCACUCCUGCGUUUACCGCCUCUAGGAUCAAAGCUCUGUACGCGUCCGUGGAAAGUGUGUGCGCUCAGAUGACCAAAUACGUUAAGGAGCAUGCCGGGUCACCGAUGGAUAUGAAAGAACUCGGAGACAAGUUCACCACCGAUGUCGUAUCCAGCUGUAUCUUUGGAGCAGAUGCUCAGUCCUUCAUUCACCAUGACGCCGAAAUCCGGGACAUGGGAAGCAAAUUGAUGGACUCAUCGCUAUCGUUUGCACUGAAGAUGGCCAUCAUGACUGUCCUUCCAAAUGUGGCCAAGCUCGCUAAAAUGAGUUUGGUUUCCAAGCCCAGGGAGAAAUUCUUCAUCAAUCUGAUGGCUGAAGCAAUUCGUCACCGAGAAGAAAGCUCUGAAAAGCGUCUGGACUUUCUGGAUUACUUGACUACUCUAAAACACGAGAAGAACAUUACCGAGCUGGACAUGGCUGCUCAUGGUGUUACCUUCUUCCUAGAUGGAAACGAGACCUCUAGUGCCACCCUUUCCCUCAACAUAUACGAACUGGCUAAACAGCCCGCCAUCCAACAACGCCUCAGAGAAGAACUCCUCAACGCAACCAACGAAGAUGGCACCAUUUCCUACGAAACCCUCUCGGAGCUACCGUUCCUCGAACAAGUCUUCAGCGAAGGACUCCGCCUCUGGCCGCCGGUAACCUUCAUGUCCAAGGUAUGCACCGAUCCCAUCGAGCUGGACCUAACGUCAACCCGCAAGGUGCCCAUCGAGCGUGGAACGUGUGCCAUCAUAAGCAACUGGUCCCUACAUCGAGAUCCGCAGUUCUACGAGGAUCCGCUCACGUUCAACCCGGAUCGUUUCGCUCCGGAAAAGGGAGGUAUUUUCCCAUACAAGGAAAAGGGUUGCUACAUGCCGUUUGGUGAUGGACCUCGACAGUGUCUGGGGAUGCGCUUUGGACGAAUGCAGGUCAAACGGGGUAUCUACGAACUGUUGCGUAACUUUGAAGUGUCGGUUGCUCCUUGUACCAGUGAUCCGCUGAAAAUCGUUUCUUCGCCGGCCAUUUCGCUGGGUUUGAGAGGGAUUUGGUUGAAUUUUAAACCGAUUGCUGCAUAGCUAGAGAAUAAAGUACAGUUUAAG